CUACCUCCAUUUUCCUCGGGCAUUUCGCCCCCUCAAUUUCUGUUCCGGGAGGAAUACGGCAUGACGUUGACAUUCUGAAAUUUUAUCUGCUUGUUUCCGAGGAGAAUUUCUGCCGAGAAUAGGAUGAAGAAGGAGCUAGGGAAUCUGGAGUUGAUGAGAGGCGAUUGCGGGUCAGAUGAUGAUAAAAACGGGUCCGAUUCGAAGGAAAGGAAAGGGAAGAGGCUGUGGAGGAAGGUGAAGUACCAGCUGGUGGAGUACCAUUCAUUGCCUGGGUAUUUGAAGGAUAACGAGUUUAUUCUCGGCCAUUACCGCUCUGAAUGGCCCUUGAAGCAAGUCCUACUCAGCGUCUUCACAAUUCACAACGAAACCCUCAAUGUUUGGACGCAUUUGGUAGGGUUCUUUCUUUUCCUCGCAUUGACCAUAUAUACCGCAAAGAAGAUUCCAGAGGUUGUAGACCUUCGCACACUACCAAAUCUUCAUGAUGUUUUUAGAAAGGCUGCUCUGCAUACCUCCCUGCCCAACAUGGCUGAUUUGCACAGACUUCGGGAAGAAUUGAGUGCUGCAUUUCCAUCACUUCCCAAUUGGCGUAUUGUAGAACUUCUCACUAAUUGUGUGCCAGAGCAUUUUUCUAAUAUCAACUAUACCGAUGUCUGUAAUCUGAGUGGCAUCAAGGAAGAAUUGGCAAACAUGAUAGCCCCGGCAACAGUUAGGCCAAUCACACGGUGGCCAUUCUUUGCCUUCUUGGGUGGGGCCAUGUUUUGCCUGCUAGCGAGCAGCACGUGUCACUUGCUGUCCUGCCACUCAGAGCGCAUGUCCUACAUCAUGCUGCGCCUUGACUAUGCCGGCAUAGCUGCUCUCAUCUCCUCCUCCUUCUACCCUCCGGUCUACUACUCCUUCAUGUGCCACCCCUUCUUCUGCAACCUCUACCUCUCCCUCAUCACCCUCCUUGGAAUAGCGACCAUCAUCGUCUCCCUCCUCCCAGUUUUCCAAAGCCCAGAAUACCGCUCCUUCAGGGCUGCCAUGUUUUUCACCAUGGGGGUUUCCGGCGCGGGCCCCAUCCUGCACAAGCUCGUCCUGUAUCACGACCAGCCCGAGGCGGUCCACACGACCAGGUACGAGGUUCUGAUGGGCGCGCUUUACGGGAUCGGUGCCCUGGUGUACGCGCUGCGUGUUCCGGAGCGGUGGAUGCCCGGAAAGUUCGACAUUGCCGGCCACAGUCACCAGCUGUUUCACGUGCUGGUGGUGGCGGGGGCUUAUACACAUUACCGCGCGGGACUGGUUUAUCUCGGGUGGCGGGACCUACAAGGAUGCUAGAGAUUUUACUUGCAGGGUAAAAAGGUCUUGCCAGACCAGGAGGAAAAUCAGGCUGGACAGGUUGUGGUC